GGGAUUUAAGAACUCAGCUUAAUCCUCCCUAAGUAAGUCCCAGAAGCAGUCUAUAAACCAUAUUCAGCCCUGCAAUUACGCAUUCGUUACCCACGAGCUUCAACGGCUUCUAGUUCCGAAGCUAUACUUUCGCUAAACAUUAAAAUGAAGUGCUCUACCAUCAUCGGCGCCUCCUCACUGGCCCUCGUGUCAGCAGGAAACUGCAGCCUCCCCAAAAUCAACCUAGGCCACUUCUCCUUCCCUCACACCAACAUGCUCGUCGCCUGGUCGCCCUACACGCCGACCACGAUCCAAGAGCUCGACGACGUCUGCGUAGCGGCGGGCGCCAUCAAGGGCACGGCCACGUGGACCGCCGUCCGCACUGCGAGCACUUACACCUCGGGCCCCAUCUGCGGCAACCCCUUCAACAUCACAAGCGACGAAACGGGCGUCACGUACCGUAACCUCGAACUGGCUUGCAGCGAUGACAAUAGUGAAGGACAGGCGACGCAGGUCACUGCCAUCGUGGACGCAACGUCGCAGACGACUGUCCAGACCUGCACGCCUGUGUUGGUGGAUGGUCAGCCGUUCCGGCUUGGGGAUGGCUGCUCCAACUAUCACGGCAGCUCUUUGUCUUUCGACUUUGCUUGCUCUUCAUAAAGCUGUAGAGAGUAGCUUCUGGCUUGACUGCUGGGAUUUCGACUCGAUUACGUGCAAUAACGGGUACUUAAUCUUUGAGUUCAACCUGUUGAAUGCAAGCCGCUGCUUCUCAAUGUGGCAUAUGGCUUCCAACAUCACAUACCGACCUAGAUCACUAGUCAUCCAAGAAACCAAUCAAGUCAAUGAUAUACUUGUAUCAAAUAAAAGUUUUAAUGUCUUGAGA